GUUUGUAACAUUUACUGUAUGUGUGCUAUAAGUCUUCAGUCCCACUACCAUGGUGCAAAACAUAAGAAGCUUAUGAAAUGCUGCUGAAUUUAUACAAAAUCAUCUACUGCCUGUGACAGUACCAGCACUUGGGUAACUUCCUUAUUUUACAACUGCCAUGAAAGUACAGCUACUUGGCUUCUCAGACAGCUAAUGAUUGUGUAAGUCUUGCUUCCUUUUGAAUUGCCACACCCAUGUCCAGCAUCUCUUCCAUGCCACUGAAUAUUGGAAAUACAGCACUUAACUCCAUGGACUGCUCUGGACAGAGAGCUGCUGCUGUGGUAGAAUGAUCACACUUAUUGUUCCAUUCUUGUAAAUGACGAGUUUCUGUUUACUUGCCAGAAAAUUGUCAAAACUAGUCAGGAUUGCUUUAGCCAUUAAAUUGAAAUUUAAGUUCCCCUUUUCUUUAGAUUCUGCCAAAAAGCAAUCAUCUGUUCUAGAUUCAAUCAAUGAAAGACACUUUUCCUGUUCUUCAUGAUAUGAAUGAUCUUUCCUGAGAUUUGGCUAGCCUUAAGGUUUAACCAAAUUCACUUUAAAUGGUGGGGGAGCUGCUUUUAGUUAGUUUUUCCUUUUGGGGUAAGAUUUUUUUUUUUUUUUGGUUGUUGGAACUGCACCUUCUGAAAUCUUAGGAGCUGUAAUCAUACUUUAGGUUUUUCUGGCAUCCUUCAGAUGUGUUUCAAGCCAUAAUCAUCCCUUAAAAUUUGACUAAAUAACAAGGCUUUCUUGAAAGUAACCUUGUGUUAAGUGUAAGUACAGCUUUGUACUUUUGCAGGCAAUCAUAAAGGCUCUAAUUUUUCCUGUUUGACAGUGGAAACUUUGGCCUGUAAUGCAAUUCAUCUGCAAAGGCUUCUGUGGAAGUGCUGGGUUUUUCCUUUUUGAUGCAGCACAUUAAUUUAUUUUUCUUAUUCUAUUUUGGGAUGACUUGCAUCUUCAUAAUUAAAGCAAGAGAAAGCCCUGAGACGCAGGAAUCUCUCUUGUUCUUCAGCUCUAAUCCAAGUUCCAAUGAAGUACCGAGUGCUCAGACCAGUGAAGAGAUCAUUCACAGGAUACAUAACCUGUCUGAAGGAUUUUAUGAAUGAUCCCAGAAGAGAAGAGCCUCUAAUUGGUUUAGAACAUGUGGUUGAAAUCAGAUUUGAAGGAAGAAGAGAGCCACGUUACGAGUGCAGGCUGUGUGGGUGUAAUUCAGAGGUGGCACCUAUGAUAGAACAUCUUAGUGGAUAUAAACACAGAAGAGAAUACAUUUCCAAAGAAUUUCCAGAUAAAAUGAGGAGAAAACCAACAGAUGUAAGAGAAUACAAAGUCUCGUUUUUUAGACGGCUAGCUGGAGAACUAGAGAAGAGUGAAGGAUUAAAAAUGUAUCAGAUGGAAGGUUGCACAAGACCAGCUACCUCAUCCCCAUUGAAGAAGAAAGCAAGGUGGGAAGAUGAUUAUAAGCAUGAGAACGAUCCUGUUCGGAAACAGAAAGCUCUGGAGUUCUUGGAGACUUUUCACAUCACCUCAGACUCAGAAGCAACACUUGUUGUUCGCAUUACACAGGAACUCAUGGAAGCUUUGAAGGCCUUUUGUGAAAAGAAAGCAGCAGAUAAUUACACCAACAGUUUAGGCCCACUGAUGUCACUACCUCAAGAUGAAUUUCCAGAAAGGGAAGGAGUCCCAGAACACUAUGGACCAGAUGUAGAAUACAAAGGAAGUUCUGACUGGAAUCAAGGUUUUUUGUCUCAGUAUGAAGAGUAUUCUGAAGGUGCUUCUUUUGUUCCUGCUCACUCAAACAGUUACCAAGCAGAUGAUGGAUCACCCUCCUGUCACCUGAGGUCUGACAACUUUGCAAGUAUGUCCCUAUUCAGGCACUCUCCUGCUGUUGAGCCUGAUAUUCCUGCCAGUGGUGUCAGUGAAUGGCUGAGACAGCUCAGAAACUCCAUGCCGUGCACAAAUUUGGCUGCUGGGGCCACUUCAUACCAGACCAACCCAGUGAAGGAGUACUCAGCAGAAUAUAUAUCCAGUGAUGUGCAAGGAAGUGAGCUCUAUGAUAACAGACUCUCAUUUGACAGAGAAAAUACCAAAUGGAGGAAUCAACAAGCGUGUACCAAAGCAAGGCAUAUAAGUGACCAAGAAUUAUCCAAUCCCAAUUCUUCUGCCUCAUAUCCUUCAUCUGGAAGAUUCUUUACAAACUAUUCUUCACAAAACUAUUCCUCUUACAAGAACUAUGAGUCUGUGAAUACUUGUACAUCUUCUGAAAAUUCUGCUGUUUCAGGAAGAGGUGGCUCCAGGUGGCACCAGGACACUAGGUGGAAUGAGUGGAAUGAGGACUAUAGGUGGAACGAGGACUCUAGCUGGAAGCAGGAAUCUAGGUGCCAAGGAUUCAGGUAUCAAAAAUCAGUCUACCAGAGAGACUGGAGUUCACAUCAGGACUCAUUUUCUGGCAGUGGUUCGUACCAAGAUCACCAGCAGUUCAGAAGCUCUGAAGAGAUGUUUGAUGGAAUCGAUGCUGGUCUUGCUCCCAACACUGUGAACAAACUACUAGGAAAGGAUGUACCUACAAUGACCAGGAUGCUCAAACAGCUGGCUCCAUAUUAUCCAGCACUUCAAAAAGUAAAUAUUCAGACAUUCGUCAAUGUGCUAAUAGAGGCUAGAGAGAAAGAUUAAGGAGCAACAGCAGCUGAACUGGAAACAGAUGAAGAGAUUUGAGAAUCUCCAUCACUUGCUAUUCAGGAAAGAGACUGCAUUUAACUCUGUGUUUGACUUGCUUGGGAGAGGUAAAGGGAGGUAGGGCUUAAGUUUUUAACAUGUGAAAAAUAGCUGGAACAUAAACUUGCACAUAAUGGGUGAACAUACUAUUUUUGUUUAGGCUUUUUGUAAUGUAUUUGUUAUAUCUUAGUAUAUUUCAGAAAAAAGAUCUUUUGUUAUUUUUUGAAAAUAUGUUAAAAUUACUCUGUCAGCAAAAAGCUAAUAAUCCUUUUAAUACCCUUCUCAAUUCAGAAGAGAAAGGUUUACUUUUAUGCUACCUACUUAGGAGGAAUAUUAAUUGAAAAUACAGGUUUACUUUUUGUCACACAAAUGUAAGGCCAGUUCCAUUAAUAUGAGGCUUUAUAAUUAGCAUAUUUUUAGAAAUUGAUACACUACAUUUCUGUUUAGACAAAGAAAGGAGAAUGUCACAGCAUAGGUAUUCUCUACCUUAAUCUGAUGCUAUAUGAGGAAAAUGUAAUCUAUACUAGAGGACUGGUAUGUAAUGGGGCAUAUCAGUUUCAAUUUGCAGAGUAAGAAAUGGUGUGAAAUAUAUGCAGAUUUUUUAAUCAUGCUGUUCAAAAUGAAAUAAUUAUAAAUUAUCCUAAAAACUCAUUUGGUGGAUAGACCCAUGCUAAAAUAAAAAUUCUUGAUUCUUUCUACUGGCCAAAGUACAUUAAGAAAUAGUAGAAACCCGUAAGUCAAUCAGAUAAAAUAACAGGAAAAAAACCCAAAAUGUUGUACUAAAUGAGUAGUACUUACCAGUUCGUGAGAUGUCUCAGAGCCACAUACCUAUGAAUGCCUGGCUUUAGAUAUCUGCUCUAUGUAAUUAAAACCAGCUUACAUGGAGCUGAAGAAAAGAAGUAAAGUGAGACAGUUUACUCCUGAGUGUCUGUUUUCUUUUUCACUGCUGCAUUGUGGACUAUCAUUUUUCUUCUCACCCAUGCUGGAACUGUGUCUCUGUGCAUUAAAUAUUUGUGCUGAAGCGGGGUUAGUCUUCAGGAGCUAUCAUAAAGCAUUUUGGAUCUUGUUACGUAAAUUAUAAUAAAAAUUCAACUCAAAAUAA